AUGAACACAUUUUACGUUUGCAUUAUUAAUAUAAUCUUGACGAAUUUAUCCUCUAUUCAAUGCGCUACAGUCUAUCAACAACCACAACAAAUUUAUCCAACUGAUUUUCAAUCAUUAAAUUUAGGUUCAUGUCUGUUGAAUGGCGGCGAUGUAUUUUGUCAGAAAUAUCGACGUCAUAGUUUUUGUUCAAUAAAACAUGAUGAAUGUUUUUGUUUACCAGGAUAUGUAUCAGUUUAUGAAAUGCAGGAUAGUUGGUAUACAUGUAAACUUUUACUUACAGAUUUAUAUUGUCGUAUCGAUUCAGAUUGUUCUUUCAUUCAUGGUAGUAUAUGUCAUCCAGGAGUUGGUGCAUGUGUUUGCCCUAGUGGAUAUGAAUUUGUAUUUCAACAUUUUUCUUGUUUACCUCGUGUCAUUGACAAUUCGAAUCCAUUUUGUAAAGCUUGUCAAAAACAUGAUGGCGUAUGUGUAUUGAAAAAUACUAGAAAACAGGAUUCAACGUUCAAUGAUUAUUAUCAAAAUAAUUUACAGUGUGCAUGUCCUAGGAGAUCAAAUCGUUCUGUUAUAAAGAAAGACUCCUAUUUUGAUAUAUGCAAUCCAAUCCCUGUUGAUAUUGGCGAAGAAUGUGAUCAUGUAAAUAAAGUCUGCUUUAGUCAAAGAGCAAUGUGUCUUCAAAAUCCAGUUAAUAUAUUUCCUAAAUUGCAUCAAACACAAUUAACAACAAAUCAAUAUUCCAAUAUAUGUGUUUGCCAUGAAGGUAUGAUACCGGUUUAUCAAAACAAUUUAGAUUAUUUUGAAUGCUUUAUCGAAGAAACUGAUCCAACUAUUACUCAAUGUCAACCUUGUUAUCAAUCACAUGCAAGAUGUUAUCAACUUCUAAUUGGUUCAUCUGAAAAAAAUGCUAGCAAAAUAAAAUAUCGUUGUUCAUGUUCAUUAUUAUUUAAACAAAAUACAUUUAAUCCAACUAGAGAAGUAGAUAAAUAUCAAUGUCCUCAAAAAUUCUGUUCAUAUCAUCAUUCAACAAUGAUGAAUGGUAGUGUCAUGCCUAGAAUUGAUCAUUAUCAACAACCUAAUCAGCUUUCAAGGUCGAGUACAACAAACAAAGAGAAUUGUAUAGAAUAUUCAGUACAGAUUACAUGUAAUCAAGAAAUGAUCAAUAUUUGUUUUAAAUUAUUACUUCAUCCAAAUCGAAUGAUUAGAAAUGUACACAAAAUAGAAAAUCUUAUAAUUUAUUUAGAAACAUCUACAAUUGAAAAUGAAUUCAACUAUGCUAUUAUGCAUGACAAAUUGAAACUAAUUCAACAGUGUUAUUUAACGCAUCAAAAUCAUCAUCAUGAUGGUGAGUAUUGUUCAAUGUUCAAUCUUAGAAUGAAUACAUUCAAACAAUGUGGAAUUUAUGAAAUAAGUUAUAAGUAUGGAUCUGUAUUUCAUGGUACAUUACACGCUGGAAUCAUGAAGAAUGAAGCUGUAUUAAUGAGAAAAAUUCACAUUGAUUUUGCAUGCCAUGUUAAUACUUCUUACUCGAAUGAAUUGAACCAGUCUGUUUCAUACUUUUAUGACAGAUCAAUCACUUAUGAAAAACAAACUAGUCCGCUGAAAUGGUCACAAAAAUCAUCAGAAAUUAAUAAUAAUUUUCACGCAACGGAAUCCGCAAAGCAGUUUAUUGUACAUAAUGAUCGAAAAUAUGAAAAUAUAAAUUCUAAUUUCAUUUCUCUAUCCAUCAUUCACUUGACGAAAAAUACUUCUGAAAAACAUGAACUAAUAUUGAAAAUCACAUCAGAAUUAUCUGAAUUCAUACUCAUAGAGUAUUGUUUGGUCAAAGGUGAAUUGACAACUUCUUCCAAAAUACUACUCACUUCAGACAAUGAAAAAUACUUGGAUUUAAAAUGCCUUCAUACAAAUAUUUAUAGAAUCAAACAAAUCAUUGAUAUUUUCAAUCAUCUAUCAGGAUAUCAAUGUAUUUUAUUCAAACGACCAACUAUUAUGCAGGAGAGAACCCAGAACAAUAAUCAAUCCGUUUGGAUUAGUGAACCAUUCAUUGUUGGAAAAAAUAUUUCAUUCUACAAUUCUAUCUAUUUCACUUGUCUUAUUCGUAUUUGUCAAAUGGAACAACUCUGUACAUAUGCCAGUUUUUAUUCAUUCAAUAAAACAAAUGAACAUCAAUUCAGUGAUCAAUAUCUACCGUCCAACGUCUACAUACCAUUGAUAAUAUUGAAUCAAAAUCGAAACGAAACUAACCUUUUGCAAUUACUUCCACCGGAAAAUAUGAAUAAAUUAAUACAAUUUCAUUUUAUUCAAUCUGUAUUAAUAACAAUGAAUCAAACUAGUAUUGGUAAACAUUUGAAUAAUCCGAUUGAUAUACAUUUUCGUCAUACAACUACUACCAACGUGAAUAAAUCACAACAAUCUCUUUGGAUUUAUUUCAUUUUGGCACUAUUGAUUUUCAUAUUUCUAUGUCAAAUCAUCAUUUGUUUAUUGAAAUAUUUCAAGAAGAAAUAUUACGCAAAAUAUCGACUUGCUAAUCAUAGAAAUCCAUUUGUAAUUGCAAUGAAUACAAUUCAACAAUCAAUAAAUAGAAAUUUAAAUUCUAAACAAACCUGUCAGGGUGGUCAUGCUAAGGAAGAUAUAUAUGAAUUACACGAUAUUGAUAUCGUAAAUGAAGAUGCUGCUGGAUUGAACAAUGAAACAAACGAUACUAAAUGUUGUACAAUUGAACUAGAUCGUCAUGAACAUCAAUAUCAACAACAACAUCACUCUUCAAAUGCUUUAUUAAAUAAACCUCAACAAACUAGUCAUUCAAUGACAUGUUUAUUAGUUUAUCCAUUUAACAAACCAAACAAAUGUUUCUUACUUCAUGAUAAUACUACAUUACAUUAUAGAAAUUUAUGUCUUCCAUCUUCUAUUCAUUGUCGUCAACAUAAUUUCAACCAUUCCUAUCACAAUCAUGUAUCUCAUUUUGCUACUGUUUCACGUAAGAAAUCACAAAAUAUUGAAUUAUUACGACGUAUAAGUAAAUCAACAUUGAACAUUGCAACCAAUGAAAUUAAAGCGCCAACUGAACAUUCAACAUUGAAUAAAUAUAAUGAGUUAAUUCAUUUAAACAAUAAAAAUCAUCCCUUAACUAAUCAUAAUUGUACACAUAGAAAUAUUUUUCUGCCAACUAGUUAUCAUAAUGAUUAUUUAAAACAACAGCAACGCUACCCUUCGGGUUACCCGACCCACACAACUAUUGGUAAUUUGUGGGUUGGUUCAUUUACUGGACCCAGUCCCAGGAUAUUUUCUUUUCUCAUUGAAUUGCAUUUUACUGUUCAAUCAAAUUUGGACCAGUACACCAUAAUGCAUUGUGCAUCUUCAUUACACAAAUUUCCUCUACUUCGUAAUUUGAAUUUUGGACGUGUACAAUGCCCAAUUUCCCGAUUUGAUAAUAUUAUCGUACAACCUUUUAUAUGUCAAUCAACACAAUCUUCAUCUUUAAAUGAUACAACAUUUGUGCCUGGACCAAAAAUGCCUAGUACAUGGUGGCCUCAUCAACCAUUAGUUCCUGGACGUCGUGUAGCAAGAUUAUAUCCUGUUCGUUAUUUAAAUAAAACUCGUAUUGCAUUAGUUCGAGAAGGAUGUGUCAAUAGACCGUUUUUUACAAUACAAAUUAAAUCUAAUCUAGCUGAAUCCAAACAAAAAGGUAUUGAACAAGUUGGUUCAUGGGAUCCAUUUCCUAAUAUACACGGUGAACAAUUGAUUGCAUUGAAUUUUGAACGGAUCUCUUAUUGGUUAGGUAUGGGAGCUGAACCAACUGUACGUGUAGCUGAAUUAUUAGGAUUAUGCGGUUUCUUACCAGUACAUCCACGUUCUUAUUUAAUGGCACAUAGAGCUCGUAUUGCAAUGGCAAAAUAUUUGGCCAGGGUAAAACAACAAACUACUGAACAAACGAUGUUAACAGAUGAUGACAAAGAGGCGGCCGCCACCACAUUGAAAAAUGUUGAAACCACUGAUGAUCACAAUGAUGAUGAUGACAGUAAGGCAAAGACAGGCAAUGCAGAUAUUUAUUCACGUGUUGAUUCAAUAUGGCGUAAAGGCAAUGAACCACCAGAUUGGUGGCAUUAUGGUUUACCCUAA